GGAAGGCUCACGCUUUCAUGCCUGCCUGUAUUCAAUAGCGGGCGCUCGAGACGGCAAGGUUGGGACACCUUCACGCGCUCGUCGUCUUGCGAUUUUCAUUUUGGCUCAGGCCUCGUUUGAACAGGGUUGGGCCACAUGCAUGGCUCAGGUCGCAAUGGUUCUGACAAUGCGCUCCUGAACCUUUCGAUGCAGCUCCCGACCAUGCUCGACCACCGUGAGGUGGAGAAGGGCCCGGAUAGCUCCAGUUGGGAGACGACCGAUGACAAUGAGAUUUGCCAGUCGCGAAGCGCGCGCUUGUGCUCAUCAUCCGACGCGGAUUCAAGCAUUCAGAUGUUCACCCAGUGUGGGCUCAGCGUUCACGUGAAGAACACCUUCAUCGAGCUGUGCGACAGCAGCGGCGACGCGGGCCCGCCAGACAGCCCGCGCGCGCAGUCCGACCCAGGCACAUACUGCCGCGAGCUGCGAGAGGCGCCCCCCUACGCCGAGCCGGAGCACCAGCCGACGCGCGACGGCGACGCGGCCCGCAGCUGCGCGCGCGCCGCGCCGGCCGCCCCCGCGGGGCGGCUGCCGGCCGAGCCCCGCGCGGCAGCGCGGCCGCCAGAGCACGCUCGCGGCCGCAGGGGGAUCGCCGAGCCCCCCGGGGCGAAGGCGGAGCUCAGGGGCCAAAGGGGGCCUCCCCGUGGGGCCUCUCGGGGCCGUUCCCUGCGAUCCCACGCGCCCCGCAGAAGUUGGAGCAGGCGGUUGGGGGCCGUUUGCGGCCUCUGGGGGCCUUCGCCGGGCGUCGGGAGCGUCCCAGAAAAGGACUCGGGACGAGAAACUGGCCCUAGAGUUGUGAUGUUCCAACCUACUGUAGCCUUGAUCACCAGAAAAGAAUUUCG